AUGAGUCCUCUGAGGCUGCGAGCGUCUCUCUCGUUGCUGCUGCUGCUGGGUGGCUACCUCCUCGAGGGCGCCGGGAGAAACCAGGGGGCGGUCGGCAGCGCGGUCGAGUCAGCCCCGGGCCCCGCGGGCGGCUCCUCCGGUCGCUUCGUCAGCCCCGAGCGGCAUGCUUGCAGCUGGCAUCUCCUGCCGCCCGCCCCAGGGCCCGCGGCGGGCAGCGAGCUGGCGCUGCGCUGCCAGGGCCCGGACGGGGCGCGCCACCGGUGUGCCUACCGCGGGGAGCCGGGGCGCUGCCCGAUCUAUGCCGCCAGCCGCUCGCACUACUGGAAGCAGGUGCUGGGUGGGCUGCGCAGGAAGCGGCGGCCCUGCCACGACCCCGCGCCGCUCAAGGCCCGCCUGUGCGCGGGCAAGAAGGGCCAGGGCGCGGAGCUGCGCCUGGUGCCCCAUGCAUCCCCAUUCGUCAGCCCUACUGGGGCGGGCUUUCCCCGGGAUCCCAAGCUCCGGGCCAGGAGCCGGGGGCAGCCCCGAGAGACCGCGCGCAACCCCACCGUAGGGGCCCCGCCUCCCUCGAACGCGCCGCCCAAAGGGAAGCCCUCUGAGAAGAAGACCAAAGGAGGCAAGAGAAAGGCUGCAUGGAACCCAGACGAGGAGCGAUCUCUGGGGACCCGGCCCGAUCCCGACGAGCUGGACGAGAACACGAAGCUCACGGAGACCUACUGUGCUGAGAAGUGGCAUUCCCUCUGCAACUUCUUUGUCAAUUUCUGGAAUGGCUGA